AUGAUGUCCGCCGAUGGUCCUCCUGCCAUGGUCGGUAGUGAGAGUAGCUUUUUGUCGUCACCGGACAAACAGCAGCAACAACAAGUAGUCCUGUCGUCGCCACCACCACCGGAAGAAGCCGGUCGUGAAGAUCAGCAACAAUCGGUAGUCUCUCCUACCAGUUUGACUCAAAGCGCCAUGGACGCUCAUUUGAAUCCUCGGUCUGUGGCAACGCUCUCCCAAGCCUGGGAAUACGAUGACAUGUACGACAAUUGUCACCGCUGUGCGGUCAAAUUCACACUGCUGGAACGAAAGCAUCAUUGUCGCUAUUGUGGAAAAAUAUUCUGUCGCAAUUGCAGCAAAGACAAGGCACUCAUUCCUCCCAGUGCCAUUGUCCUGGUCCCCAAGGGAGGCAAACAAGUCACAUCCAAACAAGCACAACAGUUACAAUCGGGAGUGUCCUUUAGUCCCGAUGAAGAUCCCGAUCGCAUGUUGACAUAUGUCGCCAGUGGAGGAGGCGGAGAUCAACUGCAAUUGGCACAACAACAACAACAACAACAACAACAAGGAGAAGUUUUGUUAUAUGGCAAAGGCCUCGAAGAACGAUUCCAAUUGGCACGAGAACCCCUUCGCGUGUGUCGUGGUUGUCAUGUUACACUAGCACCCCUACAAGCCGAAUUACAGCGCUCCAAUUCGCAUGCCAUGCGAUUCAAUCAUAUCGAUCCUACUGAUAUGCGACGUCUUUUUAAUUCGCCAUUGGCAUUUACGCUGGGACAUGAAGUUCGCAAAGCGGCGUAUACGCUCAACAAUCUCUUGCCACAACCCAAACGACGACUCGGGGCUAUCCAAGAUGUCGAUACAUUUGCGUACAAUGGUACUCCCGGAAUUCAUCAACAAUGUCAAGAAGAAUGUUCCACCAUUACACCCACACUGGCACAACUCGAUGGACUCCGCAUUCCCGCAAAAUUGUUGGAAGAAGCCCGUGGUAUUGCUGUCUUGACAGUUGUCAAGGGAGGAUUUGGAUUGGCCGGAGCCGAAUUUGGAACGGGUCUCGUCGUGGCGCGGCUCGGUGGAAGCAACACGUGGAGUGCCCCCAGUGCCAUUGGCACGGCCGGAUUAUCCUGGGGUGCUCUGGUCGGUGCACAAAUAUCCGAUCACGUCUUUGUCUGCAUGACGGACGAAUCGGUGCGCAUGCUCAUGGCGAGUAAUGGAUCGGUCCAAUUGGGUGCCGAUGUUGGAGUGGCAGUAGGACCUGUCGGUCGUGCCGUCGAAGCCGAUUACGGAGCGUCCCACCGAGAAGUCGCUCCCAUUUAUACCUACUCGUUGAGCAAGGGACUCUACGCCGGUGUCUCGCUCGAUGGCAAGGUGAUUGUUACUCGUCAUAACGUCAAUGAGAAGUUUUAUGGACGCAAAGUGUCACCGGAAGAAAUUCUACAAGGACAAAUCCCCACACCGCCCGCGGCGCAGCCCCUGUAUGAUGCCCUCACGAGGUGUCAAGUCUACACGCAACCCAAUUUUCAUGCGCGAAGAACGGCUCGACAAGUCUCUGGUGGUCUCUAUGGUGGCAGUGGUUCUGGUACCAACAACAGCACUGCCAUGGAAUAUGGAGAAUGGGGACUGGUGGAUGGCAUGAAUCAGUUGAACAUGAGUGGUGGUGGUAUCAACAACAACCACAACAACACGAAUAGUUUCAACAACAACAACAGUGCUGUGCUCAACUCACCAACGAGUCCCUACGGUGGAGCCACCAACAGUGGGACCAUGACAAGUCCCUAUGGAAUGGUCAGUUUUGAAGAGCCAGCACACACACAACCACUGUUCCAACCGCAGCCUCCCAUGCCGCAGCAGCCACCACCGCCUCCUCCUCCUGCGAACCAGCAAACGCCCACCAUUGCGCAGCUUCCACCGCUGCCAACCCAACAGAAUCCCAUGCCGCCCGCCCCCAACGAUGCGCACUCCUACGCUGGAAUGAGUGACAUUACGUCGGAUCCUGGAUGGUGA